GCUUCCUCUGAAAUUUCUCCCUCUCUCACUCGUUUCUCUCGCUAUAAAUAUUCUCCCUCUCUAGACGGUUUACCAUCUCUAAUUCCUAAUUUAUUUUCAAAUUCGUAACCAAAAACUACCUAGGUUUCAAUGGGAGAGGCUGUACAGAAGAAGAAGAAGAACGAUAAUGAGAAAAAUGGAGAUGGAGAAGGAGGAGGGAAGAAGAAGGAAGACAUUCCGUUCACUAUUGUUCUUAAGAUCGACAUGCAUUGUGAAGGAUGUGCGAACAAAAUCACCAAAUGUGUUAAAGGAUUUGAAGGUGUGCAGUCUGUGAAAGCUGAGAUUGAUGGUAACAAACUGACGGUAAUGGGGAAAAAAAUAGACGCAACGAAACUCCGUGAGAAACUUUCAAACAAAACGAAGAAGAAAGUGGAUUUGAUUUCGCCACAACCCAAGAAAGAAAAAGACUCAAAGCCCAAGGAUAAGAUCGAUGAUGACCAAACGUCUUCCAAUAACAACAAAUUCGACAAGAAAACAGAUGAGAAUAAGAAGAAACCCAAAGAGCCGCCUGUGACGACGGCGGUGCUGAAAGUGCCAUUACACUGCCAAGGAUGUAUAGAGAAGAUUCAAAGAGUAACAACCAAGUUCAAGGGCGUUCAAGAGAUGUCAGUGGACAGACAGAAGGAUUCGGUGAUGGUGAAGGGGACAAUGGACGUUAAGGCCUUGAUUGGUAGCUUAAGUGAGAGACUAAAACGCCCAGUUGAAAUUGUUCCAGCGAAGAAGGAGAAAGAGAAAGAGAAAGAGAAUAACAAAAACGAAGGUGGCGGCGGUGACGACAAGAAAGACUCUCCCACUGGUGACGGGGAUGGCAAUGGCAAUGGCAAUGGCAAUGGUGGAGGGAAGAAGAAGAAAAAAGGCGGUAAUGGUGGUGGCGGUGACGGGGAAGAGGGUGGUGGUGGUGGUGGUGGAGGGAAGAUGGAAGGGAACAAAAUGGAGUACAUGGGAAUGGGAGGAAUAGGGUAUGGAUACGGAUACGGGUAUGGGUUGAAUACCGGGUACGGGUACGGACCGGGUGGGCUUGUGGGAGAGAAUUUACACGCACCGCAAUUGUUUAGCGAUGAGAAUCCAAAUGCUUGUUUCAUAAUGUAGGAAUGAAGUGAAAAAGAUUAAAAAAAAAAAAAAAGUGUAAAAAGUGGGGAAUAGUGUUUAGUAGUUAGGGAAAACGAAAAUGGCUUUUGUUUGGUUAGUGAGAAAGUAAGAGAGAAAAUGAAAGAAAAUCCAAUGGCUAAUUGGAAAAAAUUGUUUAAUUUUGUAGGGAAUCAAUGAAGGGGUUUGUUCUUUUGUUGUUAUUUUGUUAGUUAAUA